AUGAUCCUCGUAGUCUGCGAAUUGCAAUCAGCACCGAUUGAUCAGAGAAUAUGCAUCUACCUGAGGUGGAUCGUUCACGGCGAAGAAGAGGCGCUGUACGAUGCGCUGCACAACGCGUCUGCCGCCAAGGUGAUUAAUGGUAAUGCAGAGAGGCUACCAGCGAAUGCUUCGGUAAAGAAGGACCUACAAAGCUUCGAGGUCAUCAAAUACAUUCCGUCCUGGCAGCUCAAAGUCGGUCCCAGAGCUUCGCCCUUUUCACCACAACCCUUCCGAAUCGAUCUCUCUGACGCUCUGCAAGACAAUUCUUCAGGCUUCUUCGAAGUAUCCGUGGACGGCAAUCUCGCCGUCGACUUGACACUUUGCAAUCCGGAUCGUUGCCAGAGCAGCAAACAAGUCAGCACACGCGUUCGGUUGAGAAGCACCAAAUUCUCACCCUGGCAAUCCUCCUCUUCCCUCCCAAUGGGAUCACGAGGACCGGAAGGACUCAUCCAACACCUCGGCCCGCUCCUCCCGCUCCACUGCGAUCGCUCCGAAGAUGUCGAUCUCUUCUUCCGGCGGAAAAGUGACGUACGGACCGGGUCUGAGGAUGUACCGCAACUUCCAAGAAAAGACCUUCAAGCUGGAUCUGUGGACAGCCACCAGGUGGGCAACAAUAGAGGUCGAGGGCGAAGAGAGAAGUUUCGCGACCCAAAUUCCAGGUCCGAGGAAAGGUGGGUGGGAAGCUGGAUAUUGUCAUCACAGCUACAGGUGCAGUGCGAAGGCCAGUACUUUGAGGUCGUUACCGUCAAACACUGUCAAAGUCGGUAA